AUGUCGAGUGCUUCUUCCGCUAUUGAUACUCCGUCUGUACCGCUCAACAACUUCACACAGACGUUGUCCCCACGAUUAUCCUCUGGACCUUUAAAUCUGGUGACAGUCACGUCAAUUGAAACGCAAACUGUCCAUCCUACAUGGGUCUACACGAUAUCUGAAUCCGGGACUGAUUCCAGCACCGCGGCCAGUGUGCUUGACUUCCUAUCGUUAACAUUGGACCUAACCCCGGUGACCGUGACUCUGGCAACGACUACGCAGUGGACAAUUAAGCAGGACACCACCAUCACAGCACCUGAUAUCUCGGAGCCCCCAAUUUCGACUCUUAUUCCAACAACCUCGGUUCUACCAAGCCAGAUGGGGGUUUCGGCGACUUCUGAAUCCUCCGACCAUCACUCAUGGCAUUCCGAUGCUCCUGGCAGCGUGUGGAUUCCACCGGUUCCAUUAACUAGCCCGAGUAUAUCUCUUUCAUCAUCACUGCCUAUCUUGCCAGAGACAGCGACUAGCUCCGUAAGCUCGACAAGUUCCAUCAGUACCUUGGCCAGCUUGAGCACCGCACCAUCAAACUCACAUUCAAUCCCACCAUCCAUCGGAACUGCCACGGUCGCAGACUCGUCAGAAACAUCCCAAGCCGACAAUUUGAGUUCCGCAUCCUCUAAAAUCGGAACCAUAGUUGGGAGCAUCAUCGGAGGAUCAGCAAUCAUGAUAUUCGCCCUGCUAGCCUGCGCACUCUAUAUGCGUCACCGACGACGAAGAAUAACAACAGAGCGGCUAGGACUCAGACAGAAACUAAUACGAGGCGACUCAACGAGCUCAUCAAUCAGCCACCACUUCCACCGCUACCACUCCUACCCCUCGAUCCCAGGAAACAUCGGCCCGCGAUCACCCAUACUCCCAGUCAUUCCGCUACAACAACAGCCCUCCAAUCCAGACCUAUCUCUGGACAGCAUGUACCUGCGUGGCGAGACAGCGCAGGAGGCCUUCACAAACCCGCCGUCUGCAAUCAUCGAAAUCUCAGCCCCAUCUCGAUCGGUCUCGCUCUACUCCACUUCUUCCCGCGACGCCGGGCUUCGUGAGCAAGGGCACUGGGACUGCGAGCGUGCGGGCACGGAUUCCCUCGCUGUACCGCAUGGAUAUUUGGAUGCGUCUAUGAUGCGUGAUAGCAUGCGCAGUGACCCCUUCGAUCUUGAUCUUGAGCCUCCGCCCAAUGCUCACCACCGGUCUUCGGUUCCUUCGAUCCCGACUAUGUGGGCUGUCAAGUUGUAG